UCUUUAGAGGAAACAAAGACGACAAAAGUAUUAAAUUUUAUUUCACGCAAAAAAAAGAGAAAUACGCGAUGAUAUUUUUAAUUUUACUUUGGGUUUUUUCUGUAAGUGCUGAACCUAUAGUACAAAUUUCCCAAGGACGAUUAGAAGGUGUUGUCCAAACAGCAAGAUAUGGAAGACGAUAUUCGGCAUUUUUGGGUAUUCCUUAUGCUAAACCACCGAUUGAAGAUCGACGAUUCAAAAAUCCAGAACCUGCUGAUGGUUGGUCAGGUACACGUUCAGCACAUUCACUUGGAAGUGAAUGUCCUCAAAAUGAUAACGGAAAACUAUUCGGAAAUGAUGAUUGUCUGUUUCUAAAUGUCUUUACACCGUUGUUAAAUUUUGAAAAACCGGUGAACAGUGAUAAAUUACUUCCGGUUAUGGUUUACAUUCACGGUGGUAGUUAUCUAAUAGGCUCGGGCAACAUGUACGGAGCACAAUAUUUAUUACAGAAGAACAUCAUUUUGGUUACUUUUAACUUUAGACUGGGAAUUUUGGGAUUUUUGACCACAGGUGAUGAAGUUGCACCUGGUAAUUUUGGUAUGAAGGAUCAAGUUGAAGCUUUGAAAUGGGUGCAAAAGAAUAUCAAAUCAUUUGGAGGUGAUCCGAAGAAAGUAACAUUGUUCGGAGAAAGUGCCGGAGGUAUUACUGUCAAUCUGCACGCUAUUUCCAAAAGCACUAAUGGUUUGUUCCAAAAAUACAUAAUGCAAAGUGGAAACAUACUGGGGCCGGGAGGUUAUCAAGAACAAAAGGAUUUCGAACCGCACGUUAAGGAUUUGGCGAAAAAGUUCAAUUGUCCCUUGGAUUCAUCUCAACUUAUCGUCGACUGUUUGCGAAAGGUAAAAUCAAACGAUUUGGCGAAAGAAAGCAAAGGAAUCGAUACAUUAAUCAAACAUGGUCAUUUCGUGUGGGUACCAACAAUUGAAUCCGAUAGUCCAGGGGCAUUUUUGACAAACAUUGACACUAAUCAAAUGAAAGAUUUACCAUUCAUGAGUGGCACCUGUGCAGAUGAAGGCCUAACAUUUACUGCCCCUGCCUAUUCCAAUUUCCUAGUCUAUAUAGCCUUUAGAUACAACAUCAGAACAAUCAUAAACUACAUCGCUCACCACUAUAAUCAAAAUUCUGAGAAAUUCUUCUCGGAAAUGAAUAAAUUCUACUUCGACAACCGAUACCAUAUCACUCUCUUACCCAACCAGUUCUUGAGCAGAAUGACAAAAUUCUUCAGCGAUGGUGCAUUCUUCUACCCACAAGUGAGAUUACUGGAGAAAGUUACACCACGAAUGAGAAAUAAGAACUACUUUUAUAAUUUUGGCUACCGAGGUGCAUUGAGUCUAACAGCCUUGAGUGGUGAUAAAAAGAAUUACGGCGUCUCUCAUGGUGAUGACAUUCUCUAUCUGUUUCCCAUCACUUACUCCACGAUUACAACCACAAACAAAAAUUUCACUGGUAGCGAUGAAAAAAUCAGUAGACUAAUGGUUGAUUAUUGGACCUCAUUUGCUACAAGCGGACGACCAACAUCUAACGAAAUACCAAAUGCAAAUCUCUGGCAACCGUAUUCAGCGACUUCUGCCUCUCAUAUUCAGAUUGGAAACAUUAAAAACAAUAAGAAACCAACGGUAGAAAUGUCCAGCGACUACUAUACAGAAAGAGUCAAUUUUUGGAGAAAAAAUGCUCCCAUUUAGAGAUGAAAAAUUACAUCCGAAUAAUUAAGACAAUUUUUUAUUACUCUCACUAGCAAAGUGUUAAAAAAUAUUUUUUUCCUGCUUCUCCUUUGUUUGAGAUAAAAUGAGGAAUUGUCAUUAUUCCUUUUUUCGGUAUAAUUAUGCAGAAUGUACAAAUACUUAUCAGAAUAAAAAAAUAUAUGUAUUUACUCACGAAUAUUGAUAAAGC